AUGGACUGUAACUGUGUUAGUGAUCUGCUGCUCACGCCACCCGUCCCAGCCCUCUGGACACCAGGCAUCGCCUUCCCAGACUGGGCCUAUAAGCCAGAAUCAAGCCCAGGCUCCAGGCAGAUCCAGCUGUGGCACUUCAUCCUGGAGCUGCUGCAGAAGGAGGAAUACCAGGGGGUGAUUGCCUGGCAGGGAGACUAUGGUGAAUUUGUGAUCAAAGACCCAGAUGAAGUGGCAAGACUGUGGGGCCUUCGGAAGUGCAAACCUCACAUGAACUACGACAAGCUCAGCCGAGCACUUAGGUACUACUACAACAAACGCAUUUUGCACAAAACUAAAGGCAAGCGCUUCACCUACAAGUUCAACUUCAGUAAGGUGGUUCUGGUGAAUUACCCACUGCUGGACAUGGCCAGCUCUCCGUUCCUGCUGGCCCAGAACCACUUCAAUGGAGGAGCCGCAACACCGGAUUGCAGCCCUGUCACACCCGAGGCCCUUCAGUCUUUAUUCCCUCGUUUGCCUGAAUCAGGUCGAGGGCCCUCUCUGUUUGAGCGCAGUGCAGGGGCCCCAGGUCCUGAUGGGGACAAGCUGAGACUGGACACUUUUCCUUUCCUCAGCUCAGGGGCUCCUUGUUACUCCAAACCUCCAUCCCUGUUGGGUCCUUACCCACGGAACCCCUCUUUUGACUACUCCUGGGGCUUCAACCCCUACCUCCCAGGGGCCUUUUCUCUGAACAGCUGUCCCAAAUUGCCCCCAGGCUCCCUCUACUCCUCACAUUUCUAUCCCAACCCACUCCAAUCCAGCCUGUCUCAGCUGUCACACCCCUUCUCUUCGCUCUUACCCCCCGGAGACACGACCGGGGCAGAACGUGGUCAAACGGGAGGAACGAACGGCUCUGCGGGCGGUCAGCCUCCCAGACUCUGCAUCCCACCAUACCCAGGGAGCUUGCCACUGGGUCGGAUUGAGCUGGGGAACGGGGGUACGGGUUUGGGCGACCGGGAAAGAGGGGAGGCCAACACUGCCGUAACAGGCGGAGGUCUUGGUUUGGGGUUAGGCCUUGGAUUGGGUUUGGGUGGAGUUGGUGGAGGAGGAGGAGGCCGUCAAAGCCCUUCCGAGCGGAGGAAGGGUGUGAAGCAGGAUCCGGAGUCUGACUCUGAGCUGGAGAUCACAGACCUGAGUGACUGCAGCUCGGAGAACGAGAACGAGCCGGACUUCUCUCUGGGGAAGGAACCAGGUUUGGGUGGUCGCUCACACCUUCUAGAGGCCAAAUCUGGGGGUCUCAGGGGAGUCUUGCCCCCUCUUUCUUCUCUUCCUUCACCCGUGUCUCCGCAUCCCCUUAAAAGUCUGGCACCCCUGACUCCUCCACCAUCAUCCCUGCCUCCAUCCCUCUCUCCCUCCCUCACUAUGGCCGACAGGCACAAGGAAAAAGAGACACUUAAACUUGCUCACAGUUAA